AUGGCUUGCCCAUUUGCAAAACCCAAUCGCCUCUUUGAAGAUCUAGCCACGACGCGGCAGCAGUCAACUCUGCCAUUCAGCAAGGAACUCGGUGGCUAUGUCGUAUCGCGAUAUGACGACAUAGUCUCGGUUCUCGACCAACCGAAUAUAUUCAGCUCGAGACCUACAGUGCCAGAAUUUCCUCCUCCUGUCAAAGGGAUUUUUGCCAAUAAAGUCCCCGAAAAAGGGACAUUGCUUGCACACGAUAACCCUGACCACGAUCGAUUAAGGAAAAGCGUGGCAUCGUUCUUUGUGCCACGGAGACUCAGACGUUUCGAGCCGCUGCUGAGAGCCACUGCACACGACUUGAUCGACCAGUUUAGUUCCAAGGGGGAGGUCGAGAUCAAGGAAGCAUUUGCUUUACCUUUGCCGCUGCGAACAAUUGUGCAUGUUGCUGGACUUGAUCCAGAGCGGUGGCAGUGGAUUGGACAGAGCCUUGCUUUGUUUGGCGGAAUCACGAGAGUCGAUGCUACCGUCAGCAUUGAAGAAAAGGUUCGAGACGUGCUCGAUCUCCAUGAAUAUAUUGCACAGGUGAUCGAAGAGCGACGCAACGAUAGACGGGAUGACUUGAUCAGCCACAUCUGGAACGAGCGCGACGCGGGCAAUGUUGAAAUGACAGACUUCGAGCAUCUGAGUAUGAUCCCAGGGUUGCUCCUUGCAGGUCACGAGACAACAACCAAUGUCUUGAGCAUGGGCAUUGCACAUCUGCUGCAUCUGGGGUUGUUUGACGAGGUGACAAAAGACGAAAUCUCCCGAGCUGCUGCGAUUGAGGAGCUUCUGCGCUAUGAAUCAGCAAUCACGGGUAUGCCGCGAAAGGUACUUGAAGCUACGAGCAUAAGCGGCACAACGCUAGUGCCUGGUGACCAGUUGUUUGUCGCCUACAAUUCAGGCAGCAGAGACGACACUAAGUUCCCCGAUCCGAAUCGCAUUGACACCAAACGAGGUCGAAAAGUACAGCAUCUAGGCUUUGGGCGCGGUGUUCAUGCCUGUCUUGGAGCUCCCCUUGCGCGGCUUCUCUUGAAUGUAGAACUGGCCGUACUCAAAGAGAGGCUACCGAACCUCAAAUUGAAGACGCCGUAUCACGAGAUUCAGUACCAUCGCGUACACGAAGGUCGAGGUGUGGCUGGAGUCACAUUAGAAUGGGACAGCACCAGGGCCACGAAGGCUUCGUCAGACGGAAGCUCCCGAAGUGUAACUCGGCCUAGGGUACCCGCCCAGCCACAGGAUAUGGAUUUGAUAGUCGAAGAAGCAAAUCUUGUUGCAGACGAUGUCCUACAGUUCAAGCUGCGCUCGCAAGAUGGAAACCAUCUUCCAGAGUGGGCACCCGGAGCGCAUAUAGACGUCAAGGCGGGUCCAUUCGGCUAUCGACAGUACUCAAUCUGUUCAGACCCAGACGAUCGCAAAUGCCUCUCGUUUGCUGUUCUUAAGGAAACAAGCGGACUCGGUGGCUCCAAAUACCUCCAUAGUAAAGUGCGGCCGGGGAGUAUGCUAAGCAUACGAGCACCUAGAAACAACUUUUCAUACGAACCCAGCAGGAAAAAGACGAUCUUCAUUGCAGGAGGUAUUGGUAUAACCCCCAUACUUCCAAUGGCUACAGAUGCACGACGAAGCGGUAUGUCGUAUGCGAUUGUCUACCUCGGGCGCUCGCGACGUAAUAUGGCGUUCUUGGGCAGACUCGAGAAAGAGCAUGGCAAUCAUCUGACCGUAUGGGCAAAGGAUGAUAAUGAUGGCCACCGCUAUGAUCUCAACGUUCUCUUCGCUGACGAGCACAUCGACGACCUUCGCGUGUACUGCUGCGGUCCAGAGCCACUCUUGACCGGACUGCAAGACAUAUUAUCAGAUGCUCCGCCUGGUGCUCUACGGAUCGAGCACUUUUCGAACCCUACGGCGUCUCUGAAUGCAACGAACACCGCAUUCGAGGUUGUUUUGGCGCGUAGCAAUCGUACUUUCCAGAUACCCGAAUCUCGCUCGCUUCUAGAAGUCAUUAACGAAGCAGGGGCAGGCAUUCUUUCGACGUGCAACAAGGGCUUGUGCGGCACGUGCGAAGUGUCAGUUAUCGAUGGUGUGCCGGAUCACCGUGAUAUGGUGCUCACCGCUGAGGAGAAGAUGGACGGGAAGCUGAUCAUGCCUUGUGUCUCACGCUGUCGUGGUACGAAGUUGACGUUGGAUCUAUGGUAG